AUGACCAAGCUCACUGUCCUGGGCGCUGCUCUGUCGCUGGCCGCCAUAGCCCGCGCGCUGGUGCUGCCCGAGGCAGCCGUGAAUCAGGCACCGCUGGCCGGGACUCGUGAUGAUGAUCCAGCCGACCUGCACAAUGUCAUGUUUGGCUCCCACCACCUGGACAACGACGACGAGGGCCGCAGCGCCGCCGAGAGCUUCUUCGACGCCGUAUCCAGCAUCCGCGGCCACAUCCACGAGGACUUUAGCCAGGCCGUGGCCGAUCUCGUUGGGCUGGGCUACACGGGCGACCACUUCGGCAGCCCCGCCGGCCACGGCCACCACGACGAGAGCAGCUACACGAUAUACGAGCUAAUCUCCAAGAGCAAGUACACGACCAAGUUCGCCAAGCUAGUCGACGACCACCCCGGCGUGGUGGAGCUGCUCAACAGCACCGACAGCAACUACACCCUCUUUGUGCCGCUGGAUAAGGCCUUCGAGGACAUCCCAGACGACCACAAGAAGCCCAGCAAGAAGGUGGUCGAGGACGCGCUGCGCUACCACAUUGGCCUCGGCGAGUAUCCUGCAAAGAGGAUAUUGCAUACCUACACGCUGCCGACUGCCCACGACGAGGAAUUGCUGGGCGGUGAGCCGCAGCGUCUUCGUACCUCUGUCGGCCUCGGCGGCGUAAAGAUCAACUUUUACAGCAAGGUUGUCGCUGCUGACAUAGUUGCCAAGAAUGGUGUUAUCCAUGCCGUGAACCAUAUCCUAGUCCCGCCCCCUUAUCUCGGCCGAAUCAUCAGUCUGUUCCCUGAUCGCUUCUCAACUCUGCUGUUGGCGUAUGAGAAGACCGACUUUGUCAAGUUUAUCCAUGGCGUCAACUUGAAGGGUAGCACCGUUUUCGUCCCCACCAACGGAGCCUUUAAUUGGCUGGGCCCAAGAGCCAACGCCUUUCUGUUCAACACUAGCAAGGGUCGCAAGUAUCUCAAGGCCAUUCUCAAGUACAACAUUGUGCCCAACGCCACACUGUACACUGAUGCAUUCUACGAUAAGAGGGACGACAAGGACGACAAGUCCGAAGUUGAACCACUUUCGCACGAGACCUUUGAUCUGCCAACCCUGCUUGGCGAUGCGCAUGUCAGCGUUGAUAUUGCUCGCGUUUUUGGUUUCGCCUCAAUCAAGGUGAAUGGCUAUUCCCGCGUGGUUGUGCCCAAUGGCGUGGGGAAGAAUGGUGUUAUCCAGGUUGUCAACCGAAUUCCUCUUCCCCCACACAAAGGCCAUCGCCACCAUCAUUCCGAGCAAAAGGGUGAAAUUGAAGUCAGCGACUUGAUCAAAAGACUUGAGCCCUACGUUUGA